UCACAGAGGCAAAAGGAUUUUCUUUACUUGAAUAUCAUGACAGAUUCCCUCAGCACAGAGUUCUGGAUGAGACGUUCCCACCGAGUGAAGCUUGGAGAGUGUUUUUGGAGUUUGUUAGCCGUAUUCUUUCUGACACCUUAAAGCCCCAGGGUAUUUGAAAUGGAAUCGGGCACAGACUCGAGCUAGAGUUUUAUUAUGCCAGAAAGAUUGAGGAACAUUUCAAGGCAGUUGGAUGGCUAUAUCUGGGAGUUUAUGACACACUGUGGCCACUUUGUUAGUCCCAACAAUGGAAGAGUGACCGGUGUUGGCUGUAAUGAGGCAAAGAAAAAUGCAGACCAGCCAUGCAUCCAUUGGGGAUCUUAAUCAAAGGCACUCUAUUUUCACUGAUGCAAGGGACCCUCUCUCAUCUUUUGGAUAGUGUUAAAAUCGAGUUACAUCACACAACAAGAAAGACAGUAUUGUUUAUGGACGAUAUCAUUCUGUCACGAGAAAGAUGAAAUUUCCUUUUAUUAGAUGUCCCAGUUAAAACAAGGACACUGGUUUCUUAUGUUAAGAACAUAAGCUCUGGAAAAGAUUCAAACUCAAAGGGUACACAAGACAGAUGAGGUUGCAUUAUGGCAGCUGAAUCUCCCCAACAGAAACAUUCACAUAUCUGGUUCGGAGGAGAGUGACAGUUGCAUGAUGCAGCGAAGUGGAGGCAUCGUCGGGAACAGCCUACGGCGGGUGCGACUAACCUGGCUCAGUUUCAUGCUUUUCUUCAUCUUGGUCUUCUUCCCUCUCAUUGCACAUUACUACCUCACCACAAUCGACGAGGCAGGGGGGCCGGAUAAGCGCAUCUUUGGGCCAAGACCUGGAGGAGAGCUGUGUGAAGCCAAGCAUGUGCAAGACCUUUGUCGAAUCCGGGAAUCUGUUAGUGAGGAGCUACUUCAACUGGAGGCAAAGCGCCAAGAACUCAAUGGCGAGAUCGCCCGACUUAACCUACGCAUUGAGGCCUGUAAACGUAGUAUCGAUAGUGCCAAACAGGACUUGCUGCAACUCAAGAAUGUCAUCAGCCAGACAGAGCACUCUUAUAAGGAACUCAUGGCACAAAACCAGCCAAAACUGUCUUUGCCAGUUAGACUUUUACCAGACAAAGAUGAUCCGGGGUUCCCUCCUCCAAAAUCAGCACAAAACUGUCGUUUGCAUUCUUGUUUUGAUUAUGCGAGAUGUCCUCUUACAUCUGGCUUCCCUGUCUAUGUUUAUGACACUGGAUCCUAUCCUUGGGGUGAAAAGUUGGAUCCUCUUGUUAAACAAGCCUUUGCAUCAUCAGUCAAAAGCAGUGUAUACGUGACCGAUAAUCCACAUAUUGCUUGUCUUUAUGUAGUGCUUGUAGGGGAAGUACAAGAAUCACCCUCUUUACCCCCUCCUUCACCAUUAGACCUUGAAAAGCAGCUCAAGGCAUUGCCAUAUUGGAGGUUGGAUGGCCACAAUCACCUGCUAGUUCACCUGUCUAGAAAGUCUCUGACACAGAACAUCCUGUACAAUGUGAGCACAGGUCGAGCAGCAGUAGCACAGUCUACCUUUUUUGAACGUCAAUAUAGAGAGGGUUUCGACAUGGUAGUGUCACCUCUAGUCCAUGCCCUGUCUGAGCCCAACUUUCUAGAGGUGCCUCCACAAGUCCCGGUGAAGAGAAAGUACCUCUUCACUUUUCAGGGAGAAAAGGUUGAGUCUUUGAGGAGCAGUUUGCUUGAAGCCCCACCACAGUCCUUUGAAGAGGAAAUGGAAGGGGAUUCACCAGCUGACUAUGAUGAUCGCAUUAUUGGCACACUUAAAGCUGUACAGGACAGUCACCUAGACCAGGUUCUUGUAGAGUUCACUUGCAAGAAUCAGGCCAAGCCUUGUUUGCCAACAGAGUGGGCAUUGUGUGGGGAGCGUGAGGAUCGUUUAGAGGUACUAAAGGUCUCCACUUUUGCCUUGGUGAUAUCUCCAGGUGAUGGACAGUUGGUGGCAUCCACAGGCUGUAGCAUGAGAUUGUUUGAGGCUUUGGAAGUUGGGGCAAUACCGGUGGUUCUUGGCGACCACUCAAAGUUGCCUUACCAUCACCUCAUACGCUGGAGUGAGGCAGUUAUUAUGGUACCCAAGCCUCGCAUUACGGAGUUGCACUUUCUGUUGCGCAGUAUCUCAGAUAAUGACCUUCUGGCAAUGAGACGGCAGGGUCGGUUUCUUUGGGAGACGUAUCUCUCCACCUCAGAGAGCAUCUUCAGCACUAUCCUGGCUAGUGUACGAACCAGCAUCCAAAUACCAGCAGCACCCAUACGUGAGGAACCUGCCCAGGAGAUCCCCCACAAAGCUGGAAAGUUGGCAGGAACCGACGCUAACAUGGCUGACAAUGGUGACCUGGAUCUGGGGCCCGUUGAAGUAGAGCCCCCUUAUGCUUCACCCCGCUUUUUGCGUAAUUUCACAUACACUGCUGCUGAUGUCUACCGCACCUGGAAUCGUGCACCUGGCCCUUUCCAUCUAUUCCCAAACACUCCCCUGGACCCUAUACUGCCCUCAGAGGCCAAGUUUCUGGGGUCAGGAACUGGUUUCCGCCCUAUCGGUGGAGGCUCUGGGGGAUCUGGAAAAGAGUUUCAGGCUGCACUAGGAGGGAACGUCCCACGGGAGCAGUUCACUGUGGUCAUGCUUACUUACGAAAGGGAGGAGGUUCUCAUGAACUCACUGGAGAGGCUAAAUGGCCUUCCUUAUCUCAACAAAGUGGUGGUAGUUUGGAAUUCCCCCAAACCACCUUCCGAUGACCUCCUCUGGCCAGACAUUGGGCUACCCAUUGUGGUGGUACGUACAGAGAAGAACAGCUUAAACAAUCGCUUCAUUCCCUGGGAUGCAGUCGAGACUGAGGCUAUUUUGUCUAUCGAUGACGAUGCCCAUCUACGACAUGAUGAAAUUAUGUUUGGGUUCAGGGUGUGGCGGGAGGCCAGAGACCGGAUCGUAGGGUUCCCAGGAAGGUUUCAUGCCUGGGAUGUAAACCACCAGUCUUGGCUCUACAAUUCCAACUACUCUUGCGAGCUCUCCAUGGUGCUGACGGGUGCCGCCUUCUUCCACAAGUAUUACGCAUACCUCUAUUCAUACGUCAUGCCUCAAGCCAUCCGUGACAUGGUGGACGAGUACAUCAACUGUGAGGACAUCGCCAUGAACUUCCUGGUGUCGCAUAUCACACGCAAACCCCCCAUCAAGGUGACGUCACGUUGGACUUUCCGCUGCCCCGGCUGUCCGCAGGCUCUGUCGCAUGACGAUUCGCACUUCCAUGAGCGUCACAAGUGCAUCAACUUCUUCGUAAAAGUCUACGGAUACAUGCCGCUGCUAUAUACUCAGUUCAGAGUGGACUCCGUACUCUUCAAGACUCGACUGCCCCAUGACAAGACAAAGUGUUUUAAAUUCAUUUAGCUGAGCAGGGAUGGAAAGAAGCACAGAAAUCCAAUGGAAAACUGACAUAGGACGGUGUCUCUCUGGGGACGUGAAGGAAAUUAAAGCUUUCUUGUAAAUAUCUGAGAAUUUUACGUGGAAUUUGUCUUCCUUGAAGUGAAGGGAGUACAAUUACGGGAAAAAACUAUUACCAUCAGGCGUUUUGAUUCAUCGGCAACCACUACAGGUUUUAUUUGCACCACUUUUAACAGUCGAGGGAAAAUUACGUGGGCGUCUGCAACUGGGAAAUGUAAGUGGAUGUCAAACGAAAAUUUUAAUCAUGUUAUACUGACUGAAAAUGACGGGCAAAUGGAGGCUGUUUUUGAUGCCAUAACUGAAAAAAAGCAGACGUGUCAUCGCUCUAAACGGUUUGUGUUUAUUUUUACUUUCUAUAUACUCUCUUGUAUAAAACGCACUGAUGGUCAUCAUUUUUUUUUUUACAUGUUUGUGUGUCUUGUGAGCAUGAAUGACUGUGUGUGUGUUUUCUGUAGGAUGUCAGUGACUAAACGUCACUAAUCCACGUCAAGUCGUUGUUGAUCAUCGGUAAGAAUAGCACAAGACUAAAACAGUUUAUUUGUGUGAACGCAACAACAUUAAACAUCACUGCAUAGGAAUAGCACCAGAUCACAUCGUUGAAUGUUGUAACCUCCGUCACAAUCAUACCAGAAAACAAAAUGUCUGAAUAUAACCUAACAGAAUAAGGAAUUCAACGUCUUUUGCUGGAUAACCAUGUCUUGUUUGUGUCAUUGUAAUAAGGUCAAAUGAAUCUCACAUAGAAAUGUAUGUUAUCAUAAUUUACCCCAAAAUCUAAACAAAAAGAAAUACAUUUUGAACAAAGAGAUUUGCAUAAAGAUAUUUUGCAUUGUGAAUUAUUUUCAUGACAACAUUUUUUUUUUGUUUUGUUUUUGUAAUUCCCAAUAUUCUUAACAGUGAUUCUCAUUAGAUUCUCAUUACUGUAAGUAUUGAUUUUUUUUUUUUUUUUAAUAACUGUACUAUUUAAAACUGUACUACAUAAUAACUGUUCUAUUUAAAUCAACAUAAAUUGAAUGCAGUUCAACAAAUAAUACCAUGAUUUAUAAAUACUUCAGAAUUUAAAUUAUAUAUCGGAAUUUUACUGGGAGAAAUGUGCUUAAUUUUCCAUGCUAAUAAUAUCACUGCAAAAACAAAAACUUAAUUGUCCUAAAAACAUGCUUAUUUUCUUUAUGCUAAAAUAUAUAUUUUGGGAACAUUUUAAGGUAUGUUAAGACUGUUUUUUGUGACACUAUUUUCAAGGCAAUUAAGCACCCCCUCCCCAAAUUCUCAUCAACUUUUAAAAGUAACUCCAGUCACAUGAGGUUACUUAAUUUUCAUUCGAUUAUCAUUACUGCAAGUACUCAUUUAAUAAAUUACUCUAAUGCAAUUUUUUAUUUGAUUAUUCAUUUAAUUUGUCAACAUUUAUUGAAUGCAGUACAACAAAUACUACCAUGAUUUAUGAAUACUUUACAAUUUAAGUAAUAUAUCAUUAUUUUUUAGGGGGUGAAAUAUGCUUAAUUUCCAUAAAACACUGCAAUUUUUUUUUUUUACUAAAAGUCAAUAAUUGUCCUUGAAAUAGACUUAUAUUCUUUAUGCAAAAGACCAUUUCCCAAGGAAGUGAAGCCCAUUUUUUGACUACUAAGAAUGUUUGCAUUUUUAUAUUAUUUUCAUGACAAACACAUUUACCGCCCAAAUUCUCGUUACUGUAAUGUAGGGAUAGUUCACCCAGAAAUGAAAAUUCAGUCAUUGUUUACCCACUCCUGUGUUUUUAUAACCCUAUAUGACUUACUUUCUUUUUCUUAACACAAAGAGAGAAAUUGUGAAAAAUGUGCUCAGUGAUGUCAAAUGGCAGUUUAUGGUGACCACCUCUUCA